AUGCUUCUUCAGAUGGUUAAGCCGCUGCUGCUCCGUUAUAGGAGUCCCCUCCUGGCUUGGACGAGAUGUUAUCACGGUGACAAAGUCGCCCGGCUCGGCUCUCAGCCUGACAAACACUCCGCCGACUAUCAGGAGAAUUAUGAGCGGAUGCAAGCCCUUGUUGAUGAAUUGAAAAGCCGGACGGAGAAGAUUAAAUUAGGUGGUGGAGAAAAAGCCAGAAAACUUCACACUUCCCGCGGUAAACUCUUACCCAGAGAACGCAUCGAUAGACUCCUGGAUCCAGGGACUCCUUUUUUAGAACUUUCCCAGUUUGCGGCGUACGAGUUGUAUGGAAAAGAGGAAGUGCCAGCAGGCGGGAUGAUAACUGGGAUUGGACGAGUGUCUGGGGUAGAAUGUGUCAUUGUUGCCAACGAUGCCACGGUCAAAGGCGGGACGUACUACCCCAUUACAGUCAAGAAGCAUCUUCGUGCACAAGAAAUCGCCCAGCAGAACCAUUUGCCCUGCAUCUACUUAGUGGACUCAGGAGGCGCCAAUCUUCCCAGACAGGCAGACGUUUUUCCCGACAGAGAUCACUUUGGACGUAUUUUCUUCAACCAGGCCAGGCUGUCAUCCGAGGGAAUAGCGCAGAUUGCCGUGGUGAUGGGCUCCUGCACUGCUGGUGGAGCGUACGUCCCCGCCAUGGCGGAUGAAAGCAUCAUUGUCAGGAAACAAGGAACUAUUUUCCUUGGUGGACCUCCACUGGUCAAAGCUGCUACCGGAGAGCAAGUUUCCGCUGAGGACCUCGGAGGUGCCGAUCUUCACUGCAGGAAGUCCGGUGUGACAGACCAUUACGCCUUAGAUGACAACCAUGCUCUUCAUUUAGCGCGGAAGGCCGUACGAAGCCUCAAUUACAAGAAAAAUCUAGAUGUUACUACGGAACCCACCGAAGCUCCUCUUUACCCUGCAGACGAACUCUAUGGCAUUGUUGGAGACAAUCUCAAACGGAACUUUGACGUUAGAGAGGUCAUUGCCAGAAUUGUUGACGGAAGUAAAUUUGAUGAAUUCAAGGCAUUCUAUGGAGACACGCUUGUGACAGGAUUUUCCAGAAUUUUCGGUUACCCCGUCGGAAUCAUCGGCAACAACGGAGUGCUGUUUUCAGAAUCUGCAAAAAAGGGCACUCAUUUCAUCGAGUUAUGUUGCCAGCGAAACAUUCCACUUAUUUUCCUGCAAAACAUAACAGGUUUCAUGGUGGGCAGAGAAUAUGAAGCCGGAGGUAUCGCCAAGGAUGGCGCUAAGAUGGUCACUGCUGUUGCCUGCGCGAAUGUCCCCAAGAUGACCGUCAUCAUCGGCGGCUCGUACGGAGCAGGCAACUACGGCAUGUGCGGACGAGCCUACAGCCCCCGAUUCCUCUACAUGUGGCCAAAUUCCAGGAUCUCCGUCAUGGGCGGAGAGCAGGCCGCCACCGUCCUGGCCACCAUCACCAAGGAUCAGCGAGCCAGAGAGGGAAAGGAGUUCACAGCAGAGCAGGAAGCCGCCAUGAAGGAACCAAUAGUGCGGCGAUUUGAAGAAGAAGGAAGUCCCUACUUCUCCAGUGCCAGACUGUGGGAUGACGGAAUUAUUGAUCCUGCUGACACUCGCCUGGUGUUGGGACUGAGUCUGAGUGCAGCACUUAACGCACCAACAAAGAAGACCCGUUUCGGAGUGUUCCGAAUGUGAUACACCCAGCCUGGACCCCGUGUAUACUGGUCGUCGUCCUUUUGGGUUCGUGUUCUGCGUCACACAAAAACAGGAGAACUACAGUAGCAGAAUAUUGUUUAUAUUUUGGUGAUUGGAUGAUGUACUGAGAUCUUAUCAAGGCCCAGUGUGAACUUGUGCCUUAACUGUUACAAUUUGUAAAUGACUCUGUCCUUUAAAUAUCAUAAAUUGUCGAAACAAAA